GCAACUUUUCUUCGAGAAAGAGAGAGAGAGAGAGAGAGAGACAGUAAUUCCGUACGACCAUCCUCAUCGUCCUCCUCCUGCAUCCCUCUUCCGAUCUUCCCAUUUUCCACUUCUUCUCCGAACUUCAAUCCUUCCCAAUUUUCUCCUUUCAUUAUUCGCCAUCGCUGUUCUUCGAAUCGCCUUGCUGCACUGAUUAUCCAAUUAAGACUUCGUCUUCGUCGUUUGAUCACCUUUGGAGCCUCCUUCAAUUUGGUCUCGAAUUCUUUUCCGCCAGUGGAGUUUGAAGUUUCGACUUUUGGCUUGGGGGAUGGCUGGAAGAUGGUGAAGCUGAACCAUGAGUAGCAGUGAGAUGGAGAAACCACCCAAAGACAAGGAGACCAAGACACCGCCGCUUACCACCCAGGAGCAGACUUCAACCACUAGCGCUGGCGCAGUUAAUCCUGAUUGGUCGGGAUUUCAGGCAUAUUCUCCAAUGCCUCCGCAUGGUUUCUUGGCAUCAAGCCCCCAAGCCCACCCAUAUAUGUGGGGAGUUCAGCAUAUUAUGCCUCCUUAUGGCACGCCUCCACAUCCAUAUGUUGCAAUGUACCCCCCUGGUGGCAUAUAUGCUCAUCCUUCCAUUCCUCCGGGAUCGUAUCCUUUUAGCCCAUUUGCAAUGCCCUCUCCAAAUGGCAUCACUGAGGCCUCUGGUAAUACAGCAGGCAGCUUAGAUGGGGAGGGUAAGCCACCUGAAGUGAAGGAAAAGCUUCCAAUUAAAAGAUCAAAAGGAAGUUUGGGCAGUUUGAACAUGAUUACGGGGAAGAACAAUGAGCUCGGUAAAACAUCUGGAACAUCUGCCAAUGGAGCAUACUCUAAAAGUGGUGAGAGUGCUAGCGAAGGUACAAGUGAAGGAAGCGAUGCCAAUUCUCAAAAUGAAUCACAACCUAAGUUAGGUUCCAGGCAAGACACUUUGGAAGGUGAAGCAUCUCAGAACGGCAACUCCAUGCAUGGUACUCAAAAUGGAGGAUCUAAUACUCAGGCAAUGACUGUCAUUCCAUUGGCUGCUGCUGGGGCCCCGGGAGUCAUUCCUGGUCCCACGACCAACUUAAAUAUUGGAAUGGACUAUUGGGGUGCAUCAUCCGCUAUCCCUGCAAUGCAUGGAAAGGUUCCAUCAACUCGAGUAGCUGGAGGAUUAGUUGGAUCUCGGGAUAGUGUACAGUCACAGCUUUGGUUGCAGGAUGAGAGAGAGCUUAAAAGACAGAGAAGAAAGCAAUCAAAUAGAGAAUCUGCACGGCGAUCCCGGUUACGCAAGCAGGCAGAGUGUGAUGAACUAGGACACCGAGCUGAAGCCUUACAAGAAGAAAAUGCCAGUCUUAGGUCUGAAGUGAACCGGAUAAGGAGUGAAUAUGAACAAUUACUUUCAGAGAAUACUUCUCUGAAGGAACGACUCGGUGAAGUUACGGGAAACGAAGAAGUAAGGGCCAGCAGGAACGGCCAGCAUUCGAGUAACGAAACCACACAACUUACAGAGUCGGAGGUUGUACAAGUUGGUAUCAAGAAUUGAAUGCUCUCCCUGCUUGCUUUGCUGCAUUUUUAGGCGCAUAACCUUAACUAAUUUGUCAACAACCCCAAAAUUUUAGGUCUCCUAGCUUGUAGGUUGAGUUUUUAUAUAAGCUGCUGACCUAUUAUAGUUUUAGGAUUGUUUAUUCCUGUGAUCCAUAUUAUCAUAUCUCUUUGGGGUGCUUCCUUAACUGCCAAAGCCCCCAGCGUGUUAAAUUAGUCUUGUAGCAUUCACACUUCACUUUAGCGUCUGUACUAAAACCCCAUCCACAUUAAUUAUUGUUGACUUGGAUAAAAAAAAUGAAUAUACCUUGCAAGUCUUUACUUGUUUGUACCUU